AUUGCUAGUUGCGUAUUGCUUAUUGCCUGUUGCUUGCUGCUUGCGUGCGAUGCCGCUAAUACAAUAAAUAAUUAUUAUCGACAACGACCUUCCUACGAUAUUAUCUAGUAUUAUCUACAUAUAAAGCACAUUACCUCUGUUAAGUAAAUAAUAUUUACUCUCCAAUUACAUACGGUUUGUUGUUCGUAACCUGCUAGCUCAUUUUAUAACUUCCAUCGUGCCCGAACUCAAAGUGAAUAAUGGCUCCAAAGUUAUACAUGACGAUACUCAGUCCACCAGUAAGGGCAGUUUUGAUGUGUGCAAGGGCUAUAGAUUUAGAACUUGAGCCCGUAGAAGUGGAUUUGUUGAAGGGUGAUCAUCUUAAGCCAGAAUUUGUUAAGAUAAAUCCGUUGCACACGGUGCCAGUCCUGGACGACGAUGGCUUCAUUGUGCAAGACAGCCACGCCAUUAUGAGUUAUCUGAUAGGAAAAUAUGCCAAAGACAAAUCCCUAUAUCCUACUGAUGUGCAAAAGCGUGCCCUUAUCGAUCAAAGACUUUACUUUGAUAGUGGAAUUUUAUUUGUCAGGCAUCUCCGUGUAGCGCUGCACGUUCUGGGUGGACAAAAGACAAUUCCAGAAGAAUAUUCAUCAGCUGUGCAGGAGGCAUUUGGAUUUCUUGACACUUUUCUUAAAGACAGCAAGUACGUAGCAGGAGAAAAUUUAUCAAUCGCCGAUUUAAGUAUAAUCAACACGGUUUCAAAUGUUAGAGCACUAGUGCCCUUGGAUGAAACAAAGUACCCUAACAUCGCCUCAUGGAAGAAAACUUUGGAAACUUUGCCUUACUAUGAAAUAAACACAGAGGGAAGUACUUUGUUUAAAACUAUAUUUCAAAAUAUGUUAUCUACGUGAUUCUUUUAUCACAUCGUGUUUCCCGAAACUGUUGAAAUAAAAUAACAAAGAAGCAUGUUUAUAACUCAA